UCUCCUAAGGCUGUCCUCCACCAUAGCUCGUCUAUUAGGAGAAUAGCCGCUGCUCGAAGCGCAUCCACAUUGAGCUACUAAAGUGGAGUCACUAACCCGUAUUUUUCCGCUAGCCUUGGAUAGGAGAGUAGGCUUGUGCCUGAUUAGCUCUCGUCUCGCCUUCAGGAGUUAUUUUGUGAUUCCGAGCCAAGCUCUGUGCACGUUGUCCAUCGUGUAUCCUUCUUUCGAGAGAGGAGGUUAAUUAGGAAUCACAGUGGUAGUCCUGUCGAGGUUGAAACGGUGACAGUCGGAGUUCCCUUUUAGGGUUCCGUCCAGAUUUGAUCUCUUCGUUCUUUCAGUCUCAGUUUCGAAGUCUCGGAUCGGCAGAUCGCUGCUUGCGAAGGCCGUAGCAAGCCAGAAGAGGAGAAUUCACUCGCCUGGCGAAUUCGCGAAUGGACUAGUCCAGGUGGUAACUCGCUCUUCGUCGCACCCGAAUUCGCGAACUCAUGGACGUGGAUCCGCUGCCAGGUCCGUCCAGAGGUUCCGUGCGAGCAGCAACCGACGGAGCACCGGGAUUCGUUGGCGGAAACGGCAGCACCCGAGGAGCAGCGAGCACUGUUGGGCUGAAGAAUGGAGCGCAGACCAAUUCCUCUGGACCACAGAAGAACUCAACUGGCGGCCCGCAGCAGGGAAGAAAGCUGGUCAUAAAAGCCUUCAAAGCCAAACCGCAGCUGCCUCCAGAUUACGAGGAGACGACAUGGGCGAAGCUGAGGGAGGCGGUUACCGCCAUUCACGAAAAACGCGCGGUUUCGUGCAGCCUGGAGGAGCUAUACCGGGCAGUGGAGGGUCUUUGCCUCCACAAGAUGGCAGCGGGCCUCUACAACCGCCUCCAAGCCGAGUGCGACCGACACAUCGCAGCCAAGCUGCAGCAGCUGCUAGCCGAGGGCUCCCCGGACCCAGUGCUCUUCCUGGAGCACGUGGCUGCCACGUGGCGCGAUUUCUGCGAGCAGAUGCUGAUGAUCCGAUCCAUCGCGCUGUAUCUGGACCGCACGUUCGCCAUGCAGGGGGGUGCAGGGGGUGCGGGAGCGGGGGGCAAGGCGGGUGUGCAGUCGCUGUGGGACAUGGGGCUGCGGCUGUUCCGCACGCACCUGGAGGGUGUGCCGGAGGUGGAGAGGCGGACUGUGCAGGGGCUGCUACAGCUUAUCGAGAAGGAAAGAUCCGGCGACACGGUGGACCGCUCUCUCCUCAAGAACCUGGUGGGCAUGUUCUCGGCGCUGGGCAUCUACAGCAGCAGCUUCGAGCGGCAGUUCCUGGAGGAGACAGCGGAGUUCUACGGCGCAGAGGGCAACAGGUUCAUGCAGCAGACGGACGUCAGGGACUACCUGAAGCUCGUGGAGACUCGGCUGCAGGAGGAGAACGACCGGUGCGUGCACUAUCUGCCCAGCAGCACGCGCAAGGCGCUCAUCGCCACCACUGAGGCGCAGCUGCUGGAGAAACACACAGGGGCGAUCGUUGAUAAGGGUUUCGGGAUGCUGAUGGAGGCUUCAGAGGCAGGCGACCUCCACCGUAUGUAUCUCCUGUUUGCGCGAGUGAAUGCUCUCGACACGCUCCGCAUGGCGCUCUCAGCGCACGUGAAGGCGGCCGGGCAGGCGAUGGUGAUGGAUGUGGAUAAGGACGGCGACAUGGUGGCGGGGCUGCUGGACCUGAAAGCGAGGGUGGACCGGCUGUGGGAGGCGAGCUUCCAGCACAACGAGGCGUUCGGGAUCGCGAUCAAAGAGGCGUUCGAGAGUCUUGUGAACAUGCGGCAGAACCGGCCAGCGGAGCUGAUCGCCAAGUUCAUCGACGGCAAGCUGCGGGCGGGCAACAAGGGGCUGAGCGACGAAGAGCUGGAGAGCACCCUGGACCGCGUGCUCGUGCUGUUCCGAUUCAUCCAGGGCAAGGAUGUGUUCGAGGCGUUCUACAAGAAGGACCUGGCGAAGCGGCUGCUGCUGGGGAAGAGUGCAUCGAUCGACGCUGAGAAGUCCAUGAUCAGCAAGCUCAAGACGGAGUGCGGCAGUCAGUUCACCAACAAGCUGGAAGGCAUGUUCAAGGACAUCGAGCUGUCGAAGGAGAUCAACGAGUCGUUCCGGCAAUCAUCGCAGGCCCGGGAGAAGCUUCCAGCUGGCAUCGAGAUGAGCGUGCACGUGCUCACCAUGGGCUACUGGCCCACGUACCCGCCAGUGGAGGUGCAGCUGCCCCGAGAGCUGGGCGUGUACCAGGACAUAUUCCGGGACUUCUAUCUAGGCAAGCACAGCGGGCGGCGGUUGAUGUGGCAGCACAGCCUGGGGCACUGCGUGGUGCGGGCUGACUUCCCCAAGGGGCGCAAGGAGCUGUCCCUCUCGCUCUUCCAGACGGUGGUGCUAAUGCUGUUCAAUGAUGCCGACAAGCUGUCCUUUGCUGAGAUCCGGGACGCCUCGGGAAUCACGGACGCUGAGCUCAAGCGCACACUGCAGUCGCUGGCAUGCGGCAAGACGAGAGUGCUGCAGAAGAUCCCCAAGGGUCGCGAUGUGUCCGACUCUGACUCCUUUGAGUUCAACACGGAUUUCACGGCGCAACUCUUCCGACUCAAGGUGAACGCCAUUCAAUUGAAGGAGACGCCAGAGGAGAACACCAACACCACUGAGAGAGUCUUCCAGGACAGGCAAUACCAGAUUGACGCUGCCAUCGUCCGCAUCAUGAAGACGCGCAAAGUGCUCAGCCACACGCUGCUCAUCACCGAGCUAUUCCAACAGCUCAAGUUCCCCAUCAAGCCAGCAGACCUGAAGAAGCGUAUCGAGAGCCUGAUCGAUCGGGAGUACCUGGAGCGGGACAAGAGCAACGCGCAGAUCUACAACUACCUCGCUUAAUUUCUUAAUGGACUGCAGCACUGCAUUGCAUUCGUAGACCAUGAGGCAGUUUUCUCAGGGUGCUUUUGAGAAUCUUUAAAUAAAAAACACUGAGUGUGGAUUCCAGCAAUGGAUGAUCAUACCACCUUGAGGCUGUUUUAGUCAAAAUAGCAGAAUGAAUCAGAACAAGGUAGUACAGUAGAGAAUAUAGGGUUGGAGUUGUACCCUCUAUGAACACAAACCUAUAUAGUGUAUAACUUUUACACAUAAGC